AUGUUGCAAGUAAAUGAGAAUCAAAUAUCUGCAAUUGGUCGUGUUUUAAAUGACCAAAAUCGACCAUUAAAAGAAAGAUUUCGUGCUUUAUUUACGUUAAAAAAUAUCGGUGGAGCUAAAGCUAUUCAAGAAAUUCAUAAUUGCUUUAAUGAUGAAUCAGCUUUAUUAAAGCACGAACUUGCAUAUUGUCUUGGUCAAAUGCAAGAUUCCCGUGCUAUACCAAUUCUUAUAGAAAUAUUGAAAGACGUUACACAAGAACCAAUGGUCCGUCAUGAAGCAGGCGAAGCUUUAGGUGCAAUUGGAGAUCCUACUGUAAUACCAAUAUUAGAAGAAUAUAGUAACGAUUGUGUAUCAGAGGUUGCAGAAACAUGUGAAUUAGCAUUAUGCAGAUUGCAAUGGUUAAAAUUAAAUAGCCAUUCAACAAAUUUUCAAAAAAGUCCUUAUAUGUCUGUGGACCCGGCACCACCAGCAGAUAUUGCUGAUGUUAAGAAGUUAAAAGAGAUUCUUUUAAAUGAAAAUGUUUCUUUGUUUGAAAGAUACAGAGCCAUGUUCUCUUUGAGAAAUAUAUGUACUUCAGAUAGUAUUCUUGCUCUUAGCGAAGGUUUAAAAGCAGGCAGUGCUUUGUUCAAACAUGAGAUAGCUUUUGUUCUUGGACAACUUCAGAAAGAGAUUGCUGUCCCACAUUUAGAAGCUUCUUUAAAGGACACAGAAGAAAAUGAAAUGGUGCGUCACGAAUGUGCAGAAGCAUUGGGUUCUAUUGCUACUCCAUAUUGUUUUGAUAUUUUAAAUAGGUAUUUAAACGACAGUGAGAGAGUUGUACGAGAAAGUUGUGUAAUUGCAUUGGACAUGUGCGAGUAUGAGAAUAGUACAGAAUUUCAAUAUGCAGAUACGUUAGGGAAAGUUGCUGCCUAAAAUUACAUUUUUACACAUCUAUACUUAUAAAUACAAUGUUAAUGUAAUAAAUUGUGUCUAAAAUAAAAUUAUUCAAUGUAGAAAAUGCUAAA